AUGAAGGGCAUAUGUAAUUUUUUGCAAGGGUUGAAACCAGCCAUUCUAAUGGCUUUUGCGCAGGUUGCAUUUGCUGCGGUGAAUGUGAUCUACAAGAUUGCCAUAGAAGAUGGAAUGAGCAUGAGGGUUGCUACCGCCUAUCGCCUCAUUUUAGCAUCGGCUUUCACUAUCCCCCUUGCUCUUAUCUUUGAUAGGAAGAAGAGACCAAAGAUUACUCGGAGGGUGAUUUAUAUGACAUUUCUUUGUGGAUUAUUUGGGGGAAGUGGAUAUCUAAACCUUUACCUCGAGGCUCUGGCUUUGACAUCAGCAACGUUUGUGUUGGCUAUGCUCAACCUUUGUCCAGGCAUUACCUUUAUCAUGGGCAUAGCCUCCGGAUUCGAAAAAUUAAAUUUGAGAUCAGGAGAAGGAAAGGCAAAGGUAAUAGGAACAAUAACUGGAAUUAGCGGGGCAAUGCUGUUGACGUUUUUCAAAGGGGUAGAAAUUAAUUUGUGGUCUUCAAAAAUCAACCUUUUGCAUCCCCAUCAAAACGACAAUGGUCAUAUGGCAACACAUCAUGGUGAUUCUGGUAGUAAACUGUGGGGUGUACCGUGUGCCCUUGCAAGUUGCUGCAUUUUUUCUCUGUGGUUCAUUAUUCAGGCUAAGUUGAAUGAAGAAUUCCCGUGCCCUCAUUCAAGUGCAGCUUUAAUGUCCACAAUGGGAGCGGUACAGGCAACUAUUUUUGCUCUCUGUGUUGAUAGGGACAUGAGCCAAUGGAAGCUCGAUUACGGUAUCAGGCUUUUAGCUGUGAUUUAUCCGGGAAUUGUGGUCUCUGGAAUAGUGGUGAUUGUUUAUAACUGGUGCAUAAAGAUGAGAGGCCCACUAUUUGCGUCUAUUUUCAAUCCUCUACAGCUUCUGCUUGUGGUUAUCGCUGCUUAUUUGAUGUUGGAUGAGAAGUUAUAUUUAGGAUGUGUGCUUGGCGCAGUGCUGAUCGUGUGUGGUUUAUACGCGGUGCUUUGGGGUAAGGGAAAAGAAAUGAAAAAGAAGACUCAACUCGUUCCAUUUGAAAUUACAAGAGAGUCCGAAGCUGUUCAGGUUGUUGUUACGUGCACGCCAGCAGAUCAUGAUAAAUAUGUCCAAAGCUUCCUGAAUCAAACUAAUACUACCGAGAAGGUUGCUGAUGAUCACUGAAUAUUUAUCAAAAAAAGUAUGAUGUGAGUAAUAUAUAUAAAUUUGAUGUAUGUUAUGUUACGAGAUAAAAUUAUUUUCUACACACAUAAAAGUGUGUGGAAUCCACGCGAAGCCAUGUAUCAGCGUAUUAGCCAAGCCACGUCAGCAACUUUAUUUGUCAGCUAUGCAGUUCACGUUCAGUUGUAAAUUAGUUUAUGAUUAGUUAACCAAGUUAGUAAGCCAGCUUGUUAGUUUUCGUUUCUCUCUCUUCGUAUAGGUU